UGUCUUCUCUCCCGUUGUUUGCUCCUGCCUUUCCCCCCGUCUCCAUUCAUUUCUUCCUUUCUCUGCUGUUUCUUGUCUCGUAUGCCCCCUUCCUCCCUUCCUCUCCCCUCCAUUUCAAUACUUUUUAAUCUGUCCUCUUCCUUUCUGUCCUCUCCUUUUCUUCCUUCCCCUCCAUUUCUCCUGGCCCCCUUUCUCGUCCUUCCUUUCUCCCCUGCCUGCUUCUCUCCCCGCGGCCGGUAGAUGGAGCCCGCCGGCCCUCCCCGCCUGCUCUUCCUCCUCCCGCGCUCCCUCGCCCGCCGCCUGCCUUUUCCUUCCUGCUCUCGCCUGCCUGCCUUCCUGCUCCUGCCUGCAAAAAUGGAUCCGCCGCGCGUCUAACAAAGACCCCGUCAGGCGCCCGCCCAGACGUCGCUCCUGCCGCCGACGCCGCCUCGCUCGGGUUUGGCUUUCUGCUGCGGGUGGGGGGCUGUCUUUCUUGUCUCCUUCCCCGGGGAGCCCCUUUUGUCUCCGGUCGCAGCAACAGCACCCCCCGCCGCUCCCCAUGCCUUGCUGAGGCUCUGGGAAGCCCACCCGGGGGGGCGGGUGGGGACAAGCACCCCAUUCCGCCGCGAUGGGCGCCCCACCUUCCCCCCCACCGUUGGAGGGGCUUCCGCGUCGGGAGGGUCGCCUUUCACAUUGAUUGAGGACUGGCGCAUACAAGACUUUUCCCUCCCCCCAUUCAUCCUCUCUGAGCACCCUAACAGCGUACUAUAUUUCUAAAGAACACCUUUUUCCACUAGGAGACCUGCCCCCCCGCACCCCCUUUAUCUUUGCAGACUUCAAAGCCCCCCAGGCAUCAACAACACCAUCCCCCAUUCCAAUCAAAAGCUGCCCUUGAGGGGUGUUUCAGACACCCCUAGAGUUUAUCACACUUCUCCAAAUCAUAAAAGGCCUGAUUCCAGGAAGAUAUAUACAGGUAUAUCUUUAAAAGAGGAGAAGGACUCCCCUUCCUCUAUUCGUACUAAACUUUACCUAAAAGUGAUUUCACCCCCCUCUAAAGGGAUCUCUCUUAAACUUCUGGAUCUUAUUCACAGCUCUGUUUCAUAAUUGUAGAGGAUCCCCAUAUACUUACUUAAAAGUUUCCCCAUUUCUGCUCUGCUACUUCUAAUAAUUUCUGUGCUGCACCCCUGAAUUUCCUGACCUACUUAGAAAGGCAGUAGACCCUCAUCCCCUAUAUUUUGAAGUGCACUUCUGAAAUUUACUCUCGCUUUCCUGACUUCAGGAAAGCUUGUUCCUAUCACCCAUUUAUGUACACGGGGAUCCCCAAGAUUUCCAUCCCCUUAGCAGGGAAGAGGCUGAGUCGCCCCCACAACGUUUCUAUAGGGCUCAGCAUUUUAUCUGCUUCUAAAUGAGUAAUAAUAGUAAUUAAUUAUUGCUAUUCCCUAGAUCUCAAUUAUAUGGUGGGAUAAAAUUUGAGUGCCUAUCUACUCUCUAGUAAACACUUCUAAAACAAUCCUAAUCCCAGAGGUCCCUGAUUAAAAAAGCCAAGAAUUCUUCCAACCUCUCAGAGUGGUCCUAUCCAACGUUUCUACUCCCUCUGUAGAUUCUUUGCUCCAUAUAUCUAUUUUGACCCAUUACAGGGCUCCUUCUGAAGGAAGGGCAGGAUAUAAAUUCAAUAAACAAAUAAAUAAAAUAAAAAUACAAGUUAUCCCUUUUUUGUAAUUCUGUUUGAAAUUCACAGGGAAAACACUUAAACCUCCUUGGAAAUAUUCCCCAUCGUUUUCCCCCCACCCCCAAUCAGAGGGACGUGGAUUGGAUUACUAGAAUUUUCAGUUGCUGAAUCACCCUACUUUCAGCAAGAGUAUAAAGAUCUGACACUCUCCACGCUGACCCCACAGUGCCCCAGAAUCCAAGACUCCCCCCCCCCGCACACAUUGUUUCCAGUAGCAGUAUAGAGCUUUCCACAUUCAAGGUACCCCAAAAUACCACAUUUUUGUUCCUAAGACGUUAGAGAGCCUUUGCCAACAAGCGCUACCAAGGUCAUAUGACUGUCAAUAACGCUUCCGUAUAGAUUCCAGGACACCUCAAAAAGUUUAAGCACCCAAUUUUGCAGACAUUUCUUCAGCCCUGGAUGCCUGCACUCAGUCAGUCCUUCACCCCAUAGAAACCGCAAAAAUUCCCCCAGCUCAGAACUCUCGUUGUCCAAAGGACGGCUUGAAACCUGCAUUUCAAACCCAAGAGCGCAUCCCACUUUUGAUUCCUGAAGCAGCUGUCUGUAGUUCAAGCAGCUCUCCACCCCCGUCCAAAAUUGCUUUUUCUUUCACACCCAGGUUUGUCCAAUGGCUUUUCAGGACCCGAAUCACCCUCUGCAAGCCCAACUUUGUAGCAAUGUCUUUGGGGCACUGACUGGGUUAAUACAACCCCCUUUAGCAGCUGGGCUAGGUGGGGGGCAGAAGUAUUAUUGCAAUAAUGGGGUACAGAUAGCCUCCCCGCAGCAGCAGGCGCCACCCAGCAAUGCGGUGAUGGUGGAACCGGAGCCAGAUCGGCCUAUCGGUUAUGGAGCUUUUGGCGUGGUAUGGUCAGUGACAGAUCCCCGAGAUGGGUCACGAGUUGCACUCAAAAAGAUGCCCAACGUUUUUCAGAACUUAGUUUCUUGCAAACGGGUCUUCAGGGAGCUGAGAAUGCUCUGUUACUUCAAGCACGACAAUGUCCUGUCAGCAUUGGACAUUCUCCAGCCUCCACAAAUCGACUGUUUUGAGGAGAUUUACGUCAUCACUGAGUUGAUGCAAAGUGACCUUCACAAAGUCAUAGUGUCUCCACAACCACUCAGCGCUGAUCACAUCAAGGUCUUUCUGUAUCAGAUCCUCAGGGGGCUGAAAUAUUUGCACUCUGCUGGUGUUCUUCAUCGGGACAUCAAACCUGGGAACUUGUUGGUCAACAGCAACUGUGUCCUCAAGAUUUGCGAUUUUGGUUUGGCCCGGGUAGAGGAGCCAGAUGAGUCCCAGCACAUGACUCAAGAAGUGGUGACUCAAUAUUACCGGGCCCCCGAGAUCUUGAUGGGUACUAGGCACUAUGGACGCCCAAUUGAUAUUUGGUCUGUGGGCUGCAUCUUUGCUGAACUUUUGGGCAGGCGGAUCCUCUUCCAGGCCCAGAGUCCUAUCCAGCAGCUGGAUCUGAUUACGGAUCUCCUGGGGACUCCACCUGUUACCGCCCUCCAUUCAGCCUGUGAGGGGGCCCGUGCCCACAUCCUGCGUGGCAAUCACAAGCCACCAUCACUGUCUGUGCUUUACAUGCUCUCUGGAGAAGCCACCCAUGAAGCCGUCCAUUUGCUCUGCCGAAUGUUGGUCUUUGACCCGGCCAAAAGGAUCUCUGCCAAGGACGCGCUCUCUCACCCCUACUUGGACGAGGGCCGUCUGCGCUACCACACCUGCAUGUGCAGUUGCUGCUUUUCCGUUUCCUCCGGCCGCGUCUACACCAGUGACUUUGAGCCCCGGGCAGAGCCUAGAUUCGAUGGGUCAUAUGAGAAGAACCUCACCUCUGUCUGGCAGGUCAAAGAACUGGUGCACAGGUUUAUCUUGGACCAGCAGCGGGGGAAACGAGUCCCACUCUGUAUCAAUCCCCAGUCAGCUGCCUUCAAAACCUUCAUCCGCUCUACAGCAUGGCAUUCCUCCAAAGUGUCCAAAAAGGAGGAGAGAUGAAGGCGCUGUCCAUCUCCCAGUGGAUGAGGUGGGGAGAAAAGAAAGGAGAAAGGAAAGGAGAAGAAGGGCAGAAUGAGACGGCCUUCUCAUCGGGAGAUGGAAAGAGAGAGAGAGGCGAGAAGAAAGAACUACUUAAUCCUGCACUCUUGAAUAUUUUGACUCAUGGACAAACAUUUGGGGGUGGGGAGAAAAGUCUGUCCUUUUUUAAUUAUUAUUAUUGUUUGGGUUGGGAGGGCUGGGAAGGGAUUAUUUUUGCAUCAGUUGGUAUCUUUUUCCCUCCACCUUUACUGUUCUGCACUGGAAAACCCUUUAGGUGGUAGUAUCCUCUUUGUGCAACCAUUCCACUCCCCCAAAUUGCACCGUUCCCGGACAUGCCUGUAUUUUCCAUUUCUUUGCUGAGCUACCUUCCCCUCUCUAUUCCCAUACGUGGGGUAGUGUCUUGCGACCCCAAAGGGGUUGGAGUGAAGGGAGUUUGCUUUGAUGAAUAUGUUUUGGCCGUUCUGCUCCAAACUCUGCAAUUUUCCCACCUCCCUCCCCCCAAAAAGUCUUCGGAUUAAUCAAUACUCUUCUUCACUGGCUGCCCCUGUCCUCCUCGCUACAAGAUACCCUCUCAUAAAUAAGUGGGAGGUUUAUUAGUUGCCCUAAAGGCCCUCAUCCAAAAGGACCCUGGCAUAGGAAGUGGAAAGAAGCCCAAUUUCCUGGGCAACAUCCAUACGGCCCCAAUAACUAUACACCAUUGUUCUCUUACCUCAUUCCCCCACCCUGGACAUUUUUCCAACUGUUGUUCUAACAAUCAUAGAGAAUUUGGGCUUACGUCAAGUGUGGGGAACCUUUGGGCCUCCAGAUGUUUCUUAACUACAGGUUCCUUACAUCUGGCCUAAGUAAAUAUAUGUGAUGGAACACCAGUGGACUUCUAAACAAAUGAAAUUACUCUAAAAGCACAUGGAGGGGGCCAAUCUGAAGUGUGUGUGUGUGAGGGGGUGCCUAAACUUUUCCUUGUCUACUUCUUUUGGCUCCAAAUGUACCCGCCCCAAUUGACUCAGAACUGCAAAGAGAAAAACAAGGUACUGAGUUACCACUUUGCUCCAAUUUGCCAUCUUCCCACGUGCUAAACACUGUUGGGGUUUCAUGUAAAGUUCAGUCAGGCCUUCAUCCUGUUGGUGGAGUAUCUGAAAGGUUUCCCGCCCCCCACAGCCAGAUAAACCUCCCUGCUCUUCCUAGCACUCUUACUAGAUUCCCCCCACUUUGUUAUUUUUACACCCUUUCAAAAAUCUACCUCUUUUUUCCUAGUGUGUGUUUGGUUUGUGGGGUUUUGUGUGCGUGUGUGUGUUAUACUUUUGUUGUUAUUAAUUUGUAUUUUGUGUUCCUGGUGUUUUUUGUUUUCGUUUUGCUGGUGGAUUUUUCUUUUUUCAGUUUCAUUUAUUAAUUUAUGAUCCCAUCAGUUUUUAUAUACUCAAAACCUGAAUGUGUAUGCGUGUGUGUGUAUUUUUUCUUCGUCCCUGAAAAAGAAAAAACACAACCAACAACCUGGAAACUUGAACUCUCUUGGCUGUAAUAAUUUUUUUCCUAAUUUAAUUGUGCUCCAUGGUAGCUGAAUUAAAUUUAUGCUCUGUA